GUCGCAGACGGAACAACCCCCAUUCAUGAAAGCAGGUCACCUGCAAUGGGCGAUACCUUCUGCUCCUUCGUCGCGCUGCCUUCAGAGGACGACGUUCAGAAGGGCGUGAAAGCGGGUCGCAAGGCAGCGCAGGGCUGGCAGACACGCGCGAACGAGUGGCGGCAAAGGCUUGUGAAGAAGAGCUCGGCGAUAUGGAGGGAUAGAAAGAAUUCAGUCGUUCAGCAACCACAACCACCGGUCCCGCUCAUUCCCAGCCUGGAAUUGUUGCCGGCAGUGGAGGUCGGGGUGCAUCCGCAGGGGAGAUCGAGCGACACUGCAGAUACUACAGAUUCAAGUGCUCCUCGACGACCCGUGCCGGGGAACGUGGCCGUCAACGCGCGGACGGAAGGUCAGAGGGAUGACGAUAGGGAUAAGGAUCGAAGGAAGCCCAUGGGUUUGAGGAGGGUCUUUUCUCGCGCUCAGCUAGGUUCGCGAGGAACGUAGGGAUUGUGCUCUCGUCGGAAGCCUCAGGCUGUGUAUCACUAAAUCUGAUGGAACGACCGAUGCUGUCUCAUCGCUGGACGUGUAUUUACUAGGAAUACAAACGGAGGCACGUCGACCGCAAUGCUUCAACCAUGUUCGAUACAUGACACUUAUAUACUAAAGAUGCGCUGACGCCCCGAGGCUAUCGUGUUUUGCGUGCACCUAAAGUAGAGACUGGUAGGUAGGGAAUGUGGUGCUGGUACCUCCUACUUACCCAGCCACCUAACUUAUCAAAACGUGCACACUCCGUACUAUGUACCACCGUGAUCCGGCCAGGCCUUGUGGGGCACAGACUUUGUACAAGGCCCUGAACGGAAUCGACCACGAUUUGGU